UGUAAGAUGAUUUGGAGAAUAAAAUGAAGAAAAUAGGCGUGUUCUGUGGGUGUUUUCAUUUCCGCGAAGUGUAGACCAAUCUCCUCCCAGUUGUCGGUGAGUUUUCUAGCAACUGUUGCCCGGUGAGGCAGCAGCGCCAUAGUCACCGUAGUCCUGGAGACUGUAACCCACCAACAACAACCUCUCGCUUCAUCAUUUACCACCACCACCACCUCCUCCACCACCAUCCUCAUACUCAUCCGCCAGUCCACAGCUCAGGCGCCAUGCAGACCCCUGAAGCAGGCGCUGACUCCACCUCCACCGUCCCUAUCCAGACCACCGUGCCUGUCCAGCCUGCGGGCUCCACCCAGCAGCUGCCUGUCCAGCAACAGACACAGACUGUUCAACAGGUCCAGCAUGUUUACCCAGCGCAAGUGCAGUAUGUGGAGGAAAACAGCGGCGUCUACACAAAUGGCAACAUAAGAACCUACUCAUACUCCGAGCCACAGCUGUACAGCCAGAACAGUGGAGGAAGCUACUUUGACACGCAAGGGAGCUCGUCCCAAGUGUCUACAGUUGUCACCUCCCAUGGCAUGGCCAGUAACGGCGGAGGGGGCAGCGGAGGCAUGAGCAUGGGCCUGGCUGGGGGUCAGGUAAUCAGUGGCGGCUCCGGGGCCUACCUCAUGGACAACGCCGGAGCCCACCCUGCCACCCAGACCGCACGGACAUCCCCGGCUACUAUUGAAAUGGCGAUUGAGACGCUCCAAAAAUCUGAAGGUUUAUCCAGUCAGAGAAGCUCGCUGCUCAACAGCCAUCUGCAGUGGCUGCUGGACAACUACGAAACAGCAGAGGGCGUGAGUUUACCGCGAUCUACCCUCUACAAUCACUACCUGCGCCACUGCCAGGAGCAAAAACUGGACCCAGUGAAUGCAGCCUCCUUUGGGAAACUCAUCCGCUCCAUCUUCAUGGGACUUCGUACAAGGCGCCUCGGGACAAGGGGGAACUCCAAAUAUCAUUACUAUGGUAUACGUGUCAAGCCUGAUUCGCCGCUCAACAGACUCCAGGAGGACAUGCAGUAUAUGGCCCUCAGACAGCAGCCUGUUCAGCAGAAACAGAGAUUCAAGCCGGUGCAGAAGUUUGACACCAGCUCGGCAGACAGCUACUCAGGUGGGGGUCACAACCAGCCGGGUGCAGCCGAGCAGACUGUUAUCGCACAGAGUCAACACCACCAGCAGUUCUUAGAUGCAUCACGGGCUCUCCCUGAUUUUGCGGAGCUGGACCUUGGGCAGAGCAAUCCGGAGAACAUCAGUGCAGAGGACGUGAAGGCUCUCCAGUCGCUUUACAGGGAGCACUGUGAGGCCAUCCUGGAUGUGGUCAUCAACCUCCAGUUUAGUCUCAUCGAGAAACUAUGGCAAACAUUCUGGCGUUACACUCCGCCCGACUCUGUACAGGGCGCCACUGUAACAGAAAACAGCAGUAUAAGUGAAAUCGAAGCCCGGCUCCCGCAGUCGCAGCUGCUGGCGCUAUGCCGAAACGAGGCGGUGCUCAAGUGGAUGAGCACCUGCGACCAUCUGAUGUACCAGGCCCUUGUGGAGAUCCUCAUCCCUGAUGUCCUGAGACCCAUUCCCAGUGCCUUGACUCAAGCCAUUCGCAAUUUUGCCAAAAGCCUGGAAAGUUGGCUUAAUAAUGCCAUGAACGUGAUCCCACAGAGGAUGAUCCAGAUCAAGGUUGCAGCUGUUAGUGCCUUUGCGCAAACACUACGCAGAUACACGUCUCUGAACCAUCUCGCUCAGGCGGCCCGUGCCGUGUUGCAGAACACGUCACAGAUCAACCAGAUGCUGAGCGAUCUAAAUCGCGUCGACUUUGCCAACGUACAGGAGCAGGCGUCGUGGGUGUGCCAGUGCGAGGAGGGCAUGGUUCAGCACUUGGAGCAGGACUUCAAGGCCACACUACAGCAGCAAAGCUCUCUGGAGCAGUGGGCGGCCUGGCUGGAUAAUGUGGUCACUCAAGUGCUAAAGCCCUACGAGCAGCGGCCCAGCUUCCCUAAGGCAGCCCGGCAGUUCCUACUGAAGUGGUCCUUUUACAGCUCUAUGGUGAUCCGGGACCUGACCCUGCGCAGUGCUGCCAGCUUCGGUUCUUUUCACCUGAUCCGCCUGCUCUACGAUGAGUACAUGUUCUAUCUGGUGGAGCACCGCGUGGCCCAAGCUACUGGAGAGACGCCCAUUGGUGUCAUGGGCGAGUUUGACAGCCUCAACAACCUGUCGCUCUCAAACAUCGAUAAAGAUGAAACGAGCGGAAUGGAUAGCGAUUUGGACGACGAGCCGGAAGAGUCCGGGGAACCUCUGGCCAAACGUGAGAAGUCUGAACACGAGGUGAUCCAGGUCAUUCAGGUGGGCGGUCUCGAGGACGGAUCCCACCCCGUGGUGGGCGUGGUCCAGCCGGGCGUCCUCCACUCGCUGCCGCAGCCCCCACAAGACCACAGCGAGCACAUCCUAACACCCUCGGCCGGUACCCCGACCAUCCGCCACUGCAGCGCCACAGGCAACACCUACACCUCGGUUUGAUGGUGUGAGAGGACGUGUCUGACCUUGUCUCGCUUCCCCACAUAUCUGUCAGCCUCCAUGUUUACAUCUCUUUUGUCUCUGUCUGCACUCGGGUCGACACAGUCCAGCCCGGUCCAUGCGGAUGAGUGCUUGGGAUAUUGAUACUGUGGCCAGGAUGCUGCCUCUUGUCAUAAGUCUUUGUUUUUAGCAGCAACUGAUGGAGGAAGAAGACACUGUAUGAAAUGCCUCUGCUUGUCUAUAAACACAGGGUUAAGCUCUCAUGAAAAUCCUUCAAACUACUGAUGUCUCUGAGCUCAAAUAGCCCAUUGUACAUAGCUGUACUGUACUUUUUGAUUAGUAUAACCCAAAAACUCAUGGUGCUAUCAUUGUGUUGAAUUGGUUGCUGAACAAGAACUAUUUUGGACGAUUGUAUGUAGCUGUUAUGUACGGCUUUUGACCAACCAUGAUGGGGUGGUAGCCUUUGUAUCACAAGCUGCGUAACGCUUUUAGCCUCCAGUAAAACGGACCCCUUAAAGAAUAUGUGCGCUGCUACUCUUGUCGAUAGGAGGAAGAUAUCAGCUGUACGAACCCACAUCCUCGCCAGUAGACUAUUAUGCACUCAAUACAUAACUUUUGCCUUUGUCCACGUAAUCACGAAGAAAUCAGCGUGUUGGACAUGUUCCCGUUUUUUGCAGUUUUCUGUCUCAAUCAAAUUUAUUACAUUUGCAAAGGACCAAAAAAAACAACCACCCAACGAGAGGCGGCUGAGAAUGAGCCAAUAGCUGUUGUGCCAUGUCUCAGAGCAGAAGGAAUGUCAGGGAUUUAAUGUACCUCCGCUUUAUCACAGUGCCUUAUUCUUAAAUACUGCUGUUCUCAGUGUCCUGCGAGUCACUGUCACCCCAUCUUUUCUUUUCGUUUGGUUACUUGAUUUGUUUUGGUUUUUGCAGCAUCCCAAAUACAGAAUAGGUUCUCUGGUUCGUUGGAUUUGGGCUGGCUCAUCAGUGUUUCGACCAAGGGAUGCAGUCACAGACGCACCUCUUGCUUUCGUCGGGAUCAGCGCCGCUAAGCUUCUUACAUCUUUGACUCAUGAUGGUUUGCCUCAUCCCUCCUGUUCCCACUCCUUUCUGAUGCACCUCCUUUUUCGAUCCAUACUCCUGUUCCUGCUGCUUUCUGCUCUCAAUACAUUUUCUCCUGGUCUCUCUUGCAGUAUCAUAGCUCUUUUCCCACCCUUCCUUGUGUUCCUGCUUUCUCCCUACUACCUGUGGUUUCCCUGCUUCUGACCUCACACUGCUUCUUGUUUCUAUAUUGGCACCAACUACUUUCACCACACUGAGCAAACUCCCACUCCUGUUCUGUCAGCCAUUAUCUUCAGCUCUUUCUUGCAGUACUGUAUCUCUUUCCCACCAAACUCCUCUUCCUCACUCCUGCUCCCACUGCUUUGUAUCUCUUUCCCCAUGCCACCCCUGCUCCUGUGUCCCUUCCACUCAUACGACUGACCCCACUCGUGUUCCUGCUCCUGUGCCCACUCCAGGACUGUAUCUCCUCCCCCUACUCAUGUUGCUAUCUCACUUCUUACCCCUGCCCUCUGCACUACUGUUCCUGCUCCCGCUCUUUCUCCCUUUGGCCGUCACUCCUGUUCUCAUCUCACUGCUCUGUCUCUUGCAGGAAUGAAUCUGCUACUUUUCUGACCCUACUCCUGCUCAUACUCCUGACCCCACUCUUGUUUCUGCUCCCACACUUUCCUCCCUUCAGGGCUCACUCCUGCCCCCACUCCAUGUCUUUUGCAGUACGGUAUCUCCUAUUCAAACUCCCACUCCUGCUCCCACUCUACCUUGUCGAGGCCUAUUGUUGCGUUUUGUUUUGGAUGAAGUGUGUAUGUGUUGCUCUGCUCUGUCUGUUUUUAGUGUGUGUAUGUGUGUGUUGUGUGUACACAUCCAUAAGUCACCCUACCUCAAGCCAGUGGUGCCAGCCUCCCUUGACACAUACAGCACAGUCUGUCCAAGCCCUAUUGCACACACAUACACUGCACAACACCACAGCGAAAAACAUACUUUGCUUUUUUUCUCAACACAAUUUUCAUUCCUGUUUAUUAACACUCGUCAAACACAUCGCUUCCCUAACCUCCCCCGCUUUGGUCAUCUUUGUACAGUGGACCAAAAGUUAGAUAUUUUCUGAUAUUCAAAGAGAUCUAUAGAAAUCUAAAAAUAUAUGUAUAGAAUAUAUAUAUAUAUAUAUAUAAAAUACUUCUACAGUACAUUUAUUUGUUGCUUUUGAUGGAUGUGAUUGUUGCCAAGGUAGCUGUUGUAAGUAGACUGUGAAAAAGGGAGAGGAAAAAAAAAAAAGGCACGUGGACUACUGUACCAUCUAUACUUGAACUGUUAAAGCCUUCUAAUGUUGUGGACAUUACUGAGAUUAAUCCUCCUAAAUAGGAACGUUUUUGUUUAUUUUUAAAAUUGUCUGCACCAUUUCUCUGCAAUUAUUUAUUAUAUUUAUUGUGUUUGGCUCACCACGCCCAUGCCAUACAGCCAGUGGUACUGUUUUAAGGAAUGAUAACCCUGCAAAAAGUGCAGAGCUACUGUACAGAAGGACAGGUGUAAUCCUUUUUUGUUUACUUGCUAUAAUUUGUUGGCCUUGAAGGAGGUCAAGAUAUGUGUCAGACAGGACUGCACUGGAUCUUUGCCUUACUCCUACAAAAAGCUGUUGAGAUGAACGGAAUUCUUAAGAAAAGUGAUGAGGCUCUGCGUUGUUUUAAUGUAAAUCUCAGCUCCCUUUGUUGUAUAAAUAAAUCCACAACACAUCGAUGGUAAACUUCUUUGUGCCUGAUUAUGGGGGAAAAUAUGGCUUUGCUUUCUUCAAAUUAUAUGGAUGUGCUUUCUGGUCUGUGCUGCUAGAUUUUUUGGUUUUACAUUUUAGUGCCAGACAGUGAUUUUUAUUUCUGCAUCUUAAAAGCCUCACACAGGACUGAUGACAAUGCUGCCAACACGUUUUUCUGUUAUCACAAAAAAAUGUAUUUUUUCUUGUUGGAUUUGUCUGUACUAAGAAAAUUUACAAGCAGAAAAAAACCUGUUUCUUAUAGCUUCACUUGACCCACAGCAAGACUCCAGUGCCUUUUAACACCCCCCCACCUCCCAAAAAAACCCAGAUAACUUUUUGGGUCUAUGGCAACCUACAGACACACACGCCAUCUGAGGCAUUUUGUUGCAAGGACGGCAGUAUGGAAUUGAUCCUGAGACUGGAUUAUUAUUUAUUCUAACGAGUGUGGUAGAUGAUCCCUAAAGUUUCUUUUUAAAUUGUAUAGGACUAUCAAUGAGAGUCAUUGUAAGUAAACGUUUGCUUAUUCCACAUAAUGAUGGUGAUUUUUCUUUGUUUUGUUUCUGGAUGCUGUGAUCUGUCUUUUUUUUUUUUUUUGGUAUUUUGUAGAGGUUUUCAAGUGCCAUUGGACUGUCUUAGUGAGUUGUGGCCAUCUGUAGCACACUCAAAUGCAGGCACAAGCAUUUUGGCAGUGACGUUUGGAGGGCUUUUGUUUAUUUUAGACAAAAAAAAAAUGUAUAUAUCCUGAAAUUUAGGUUUAUUUAUUUGUCCUGACCAUUUGAUUUGGUUAUUUUCCCCUCUUCUAUCUGAUAUAAUAUAUACACACAAAUUCCAUGUCUUUCUUUCUGUGUGCCGUUUUUCCUCAUAUCUUUUCAACUUGGCGAGUGUGUCGGGUGAUUUGUAUUGUUGUAUUUUGCAUAAAAACAAGGACUUUUAUAUUUAUAAAAGACAUUUAUUUAGUGUGUCGUAUUGCUGACUAUACAAACUUUAAAAAAAAAAAAAAAAAAAGACACAUGUAGUUUGUUUUUUCUGAAUAUUUCAGAUCUCAGCUCAGGCUAGCUUCUUUUUAGUGUUUGUUUUUUUUCUUAAAAGUUGUGACUUUGUCUUUGCAGUAAUAAAUGUUUUCUUGUUCAA